AGCCUAGAGGGCCCUGCCAUGUCCUGCCAGAGCAUCGUCCACCUGUCCCUGGGCAGCCCUGCCCACGCUAUUUGUGUGGUGGGCAUGGAGACCUGCCUGGAUCUCAGCAGGUGUGCCCCGCGGCAGUGCACGUCCUUCACCGUCAGCGGCUCCCCGGGGGUCUCGGUGAGUGUCCGCAACAACGGCUCGGUAGCAACCAAGGAGGAGGCUGCCACCACCCAGUUGCCUCUGUCUGAUCCCAUGGACGUGCUGAUGAAGAUGACGUGCCCCAGCCCUGCCAUCGACCACGACAAGGUCUUGGUCUCGUACUAUCAGCCAGAUGUGGAGGUGCCCGUGGCCACAGCUGAGCUCUACCUCACUGCCAUUGUGGUCUCCCUGGAUGUGGAUAUCUAUCGCAGAGGGCAGGUUGAGACUGCAAUUGACCAUCGGGCUAAGAAAAACUGGGUCUGGGGUCCCAAUGGUUGGGGCGCCAUCCUGCUUGUGAACUGCAGCCCCGCUGACAUUGUCCAGCUCAUAGACAAGACUAAGAAGGUGUUCUUUUCGGAGGAAAUUAAGAAUCUGUCCCAGAUGGUACUGAACGUUCAGGGGCCCAGCGGCAUUUUCAAGAACCACCGGCUGGUUCUCCACACCUCCAAGGAAGAGGCAGGGAAGGCAAGAGUCUACCUGGCCCAAGAAGCCGACUCCAGCACCUGCGAGCUGGUGCUGGGGUCUGGCCUGUACACCUACACCCUGGCCCCCCUGGACAGCCACUUAAAGGAAACCUUCUACGUGGAAGCCACGGAGUUCCCGUCCGCCAGCUUCUCUGGCCUGAUCUCCUACUCGGUGUCUCUGGUGGAAAAGUCUCGGGACCCGGUAAUUCCAGAGACCCUGGUAUACAAGGACACGGUAGUGUUCCGGGUGGCUCCUUGCAUCUUUACCCCAAGCACCCAGAUGCCUCUAGAGGUCUACCUGUGCAGAGAGCUGCAGGUCCAGGGUUUUGUGAACACGGUCACGGAGCUCAGCGAGAGGAGUAACAGCCAGGUGGCGUCUGUCUACGAGGACCCCAACCGCCUGGGCAGGUGGCUCCAGGAUGAAAUGGCCUUCUGCUACACCCAGGCUCCCCACAAGACAAUUUCCUUGGUCCUCGACACCCCUCGGGUCGCCAAGCUUGAAGAUUACCCCAUGAAAUACUCACUGAGCCCAGGGAUUGGCUACAUGACCCACUGCACCGAUGACGAUAGGGUGGCCAGCAUGGAUUCCAUUGGGAACCUGAUGGUGUCCCCACCUGUCAAGGUCAAAGGGAAGGAGUAUCCUCUAGGCAGGAUCCUCAUUGGCAGCAGCUUUUACCCCAGCAAGGACGGCCGGGACAUGAGUAAGGCCCUCCGGGAGUUCCUCUAUGCCCAGCAAGUCCAGGCCCCGGUGGAACUCUUCUCAGACUGGCUGAUGGUCGGCCACGUGGAUGAGUUCAUGUGCUUCAUCCCCAAACAGGUCAAGAGUGAAGACGAAAAGGACUUCUGCCUGCUCCUGGCCAGCCCCAGCUCCUGCUACAAACUCUUCCAGGAGAAACAGAAGGAGGGCUAUGGAGACAUGCCUCUGUUCGAAGAAGUGAGGGAGGAUCAGCUCCUCUCUAACGGGAGGGAGGCCAAAACUAUCAACCAACUUCUGGCUGAUGAAAAUAUGAAAAAGCAGAACGACUAUGUGGAGAAGUGCAUUAACCUGAACCGAGACAUCCUGAAGCGGGAGCUGGGCCUGCUGGAGAGGGACAUCAUUGAUAUCCCACAGCUCUUCUGCCUGGAGCAGCUGACCAACAUACCCUCCAGCCAGCAGACCUCGAAACUCUAUGCGAGAGCCUACUUCCCCAACCUGAUGCAGGUGAUUGUGAUGGGCAAGAACCUGGGCAUCCCCAAGCCUUUUGGGCCCCAGAUCAAGGGUACCUGCUGCCUAGAAGAAAAGGUCUGUCAGUUGCUGGAGCCCCUGGGCUUCCAAUGCACCUUCAUUAACGACUUUGACUGCUACAUGACUGAAAUCGGAGACUUCUGCGCCUGUGCCAACGUCCGCCGGGUUCCCUUUGCCUACAAAUGGUGGAAGAUGGUGCCUUAG